CUCUCCCCCUUUCUUUAUUCCCUCCAUUCCAAAAACCCAUCUACAAUAAUCUCCUUCUCGUCUCCUUCUCGUCUUCAACUUCACCCACAGACGAAAAGCAGAGAGAUAUGGCAGAUUGGGGUCCUGUUGUGAUAGCUGUAGUACUGUUCGUGCUGCUGUCACCAGGCCUUCUCUUUCAGCUGCCAGGAAGGAAUCGGAUAGUGGAGUUUGGAGGCUUUCAAACAAGUGGGAUAUCGAUCCUCGUCCAUACGAUCAUCUUCUUCGGCCUCAUCACCAUCUUCCUCAUCGCUAUCGGUGUCCACAUCUACACUGGCUAGAUUACAAGCACCCAUCUUAAAAUCCAACGGCUCUCUCUAUCUCUCUCUUCAUGUUUUUGUUAUUUGAUUUUUUUCCCUUGUGAUAUGGUUUUCUUUGGGGGGUUUUGGGCUAUGUUGUUUUGAUGAAACUCGCGGUUGGAUGGUUGGAAUAGUUUACGUUUGUUGAUAUAUAGACCCACUUUUUUUU